UUGGUUCCCCCUUUUCCCCUCCAUAUGCUGCCUUUGCUGUACAAUCUGCUUUGCAUCAAUUCCAUCUUUUCAUCACUUUAUCCCUGAAAGCAUCUUCCAGAGGUGCCAUCAGUAAGUGAGAUGCAGAGAUGGGGUUGAGGGUCACCUCUGAUGGACACCACUCCUCAUCUUCACAAGUCAGGAGAGAGGCUGUGAGACCCCUGCCUCUUGCAAUUAUUCAUGUGAUUCUGUUCUCACUGGCCCCCUCUCCUUCCCUCCGUCAGCAGCUUGCUCUCAGCCCUAGCCUCCCCCUCCCUCCCUGUGUCUCUCUCUCUCUUUCUCUCUGUUGCAUUCCUUGCCAGAAGCUCCAAGCUUCACCAGGAUCUCCUUGCUGAGCUGGAGUGUAACAGGACUUUAGGAUGCUGUUGGAUCUCCACAACAUCUCCAUGUGACUGGGACCUUAUAAUUUCUUCUCUAGGGGUGUCAUCAGAAGAAACCACCAAGGAUCAAUAAAGGACAAUUGGAAAGAACAGAGACGUGAAUUAUGGAUAUAACCUCUGGGAUGGCAUUAACCUGUUGGAUUUGCUACUAACCUGCGGUUUUGCACUAUUUUGAGGGGACUUAGAACUGGAAGCGAGGACUGUCGAGCAAACACUACCAAAAAUGAAGAAGGACUUUUGUUUACAUGGCAUUCUUUUAUGCCUGGGGAUCGCAUACUGUAGUCACGUCACAUCCACAAGAAGAAGCGGUAAAUUAAGGCAGUCAUUUCAUGGUCACCAUGAAAAGGGCAAAGAAGGACAAGUCUUACAUAGGUCCAAGAGGGGAUGGGUAUGGAAUCAGUUUUUUGUAAUAGAGGAAUACACCGGACCGGAUCCUGUGCUUGUUGGACGGCUUCAUUCAGAUGUCGAUUCUGGGGAUGGGAAGAUUAAGUACAUACUCUCAGGGGAAGGAGCUGGGACUAUUUUCGUCAUCGAUGACAAAUCAGGGAACAUUCACGCAACAAAGACCUUGGACAGAGAAGAAAGAGCUCAGUACACAUUAAUGGCGCAAGCUGUUGACCGAGAAACGAACAAACCCUUGGAACCACCUUCAGAAUUUAUUGUGAAAGUCCAAGACAUCAAUGAUAAUCCUCCAGAAUUCUUACAAGAAAACAACCAUGCUAAUGUGCCAGAGAUGUCCAGUGUGGGUACCUCAGUGAUCCAGGUAACGGCAUCCGAUGCGGACGAUCCCACCUACGGCAACAGUGCUAAGCUUGUCUACAGUAUUCUCGAAGGGCAGCCGUAUUUUUCAGUGGAACCUCAAACAGGUAUCAUAAGGACAGCACUUCCAAACAUGGAUAGAGAAGCCAAGGAGCAAUACCAUGUGGUGAUCCAAGCAAAGGACAUGGGAGGACACAUGGGAGGACUCUCAGGGACAACCAAAGUCACAAUAACUCUGACAGACGUCAAUGACAACCCUCCAAAGUUUCCUCAAAGUGCAUACCCCAUGUCUGUGUCAGAAGCUUCUGUUCCAGGAGAUGAAGUUGGAAGGUUAAAAGCCAAAGAUCCCGACUUGGAAGAAAAUCGGCAAACAAAGUAUCGCAUCCUUGAUGGUGAUGGUGCCGAAUAUUUUGAAAUCACAACAGAUUAUCUAACACAGGAGGGCGUUGUAAAACUUAGAAAGACAGUAGAUUACGAAGCCAAGAAGUUCUAUAGCAUGAAGGUGGAGGCUGCUAAUACCCACAUAGACUCAAGGUUUCUUAGUAGAGGACCGUUCAAGGACACUGCAACGGUAAAGAUCUCCAUAGAAGAUGCAGAUGAACCACCAAUAUUUUUGGAACCAAUCUACACUUUAGAAGUGUAUGAGAAUGCUCCAAAUGACACCGUAGUUGGAAGAGUUCAUGCCAAGGAUCCCGAUGCAGCAAACAAUCAGAUAAGGUAUGUAAUCGAUCGGCACACCGACCUUGACAGAUACUUCAACAUCCAAGAUGAUGGUGUCAUCAAAACCAUAAAGCCUUUGGAUAGAGAGGAAACCGCUUGGCAAAACAUCUCCGUGAUAGCAACUGAAGCCUCAAACAUGGGUCUUUCAAAUAGCGUCUCUGUGGCAAUUAAAGUUUUGGACAGGAAUGACAAUGCCCCAGAGUUUCCUAAGCCGUAUGAAGCAUCUGUAUGUGAAAAUGCGCAAGCAAACCAGAAAUUUUUUACAGUGACAGCUGUAGAUAAAGAUGACACUGCGAAUGGCCCUCGGUUUUUCUUCAGUUUUCCAAAAGAAAUUGUGCAUCCACAUGCAAAUUUUACCAUAAGAGAUCAGAAAGAUAACACAGCGGACAUUCAUAUUGGACGGGCAUCUGUCAGUCGACAGAAACAAAAAAUGCACUUGCUGCCUAUUGUAAUCAGCGAUGGUGGAUCCCCUCCGAUGAGUAGCACUAAUACCCUUACCAUACGCAUAUGUAGCUGUAGCAGUGACGAAACCAUCCUCUACUGCAAUGAUGAACCACUAUCUCUCAAUGCAGGGCUCAGCACGGGGGCACUCAUUGCCAUUCUUGCUUGCAUUGUCAUUUUAUUAGUGAUCGUGGUACUGUUUGUGGCCCUGAGAAGAGAGAAGAAGGAACCUCUCAUUGUCUUCGAAGAAGAAGACAUCCGUGAAAAUAUAAUAACUUAUGAUGAUGAAGGUGGAGGAGAGGAGGACACUGAAGCCUUUGACAUUGCUACCCUACAGAAUCCUGAUGGAAUUAAUGGGUUUAUUCCACGUAAAGAUAUAAAACCUGAGUACCAAUACUCUCCACGAGAUCUCGGAAUAAGACCAGCUCCUAACAGUGUUGAUGUUGACGAUUUCAUUAACUCAAGGAUACAUGAAGCUGACAAUGAUCCAACAGCACCGCCCUACGAUUCCAUUCAAAUCUAUGGAUAUGAAGGGCGAGGUUCUGUAGCUGGGUCUCUCAGCUCUUUAGAGUCAGCCUCCACAGAUUCAGAUCUGGACUACGAUUAUCUACAAAACUGGGGACCUCGAUUUAAGAAACUAGCAGACUUAUAUGGUUCCAAAGACACUUACGAAGACGAUUCUUAACGAUAAAGUACUAAACUUGGCCUUAAGAACUAUGUAAUGUUCUCAACAAAUCCAGAGAAAACAUUAACAGGUAUUUUUUUUAAAGGAAAGAAAAAUUAAAGGCUUCUUUGACCUCUAAUGGUUUACAAACUGAUUUCCUUCAAAGGAUCUUAGAAGUGGUGGUGAAUACUGUGAAAACCCUACAACCUGUGUUGAAGUAAUCAGUCACCUGGGACAAAACCACUUGCAAAGUGCAGUCGAUAUGAGAAAGCGGAAAGCAGGAAACACUUGAUUCUAAGGGGAGAUAUUUUACAGUAUGUAUCGUAACCAUCCCGACCUUCGUCCAACAAAGCUUCCACAAAAAAGAAAGGAUAACAGUUUUGAGCUGUAACGUCGCCUUAAACUAUGGACACUUUAUAUGUAGUGCAUUUUUAAACUUGAAAAGGAAAAAAAAUAUAAAAAAAUAUAUAAUAUUCAGCCAGCUUCAACUCAUAUAAUGUAUGUACAGUAAAAUGUACAAUUAUAAUGUCUCUUGAGCAUCAGACUUGUUACUGCUGAUUCUUGUAAAUCUUUUUUGCUUAUAAUCCCGUCUUAAAACUAAUACGUGCCAGAAUCGCACCCCUAUUUCUAUGUCAUUUUUAAUGUAUCUAUUUGUACAAUUUUAAAAUUCUUAUUUUAGUAUACAUACAAAAUAUCAGUAUUCCGACAUGUUACGGCAUCACACUUAUAUUUUAUGAACAUCGUACUGUUGCUUUAAUAUGUGCUUCAAUAUAAGAAGCAAACUUUGAAAUAAAAUUGACUUUUUUUA